AUGGAAAGAUUAAAACAUAUCUCCAACCAAUUAUCCAUAAACAAAACAACUCAUUCUGAUAAAAAAGUCUAAAUCGAAUAUAUAUUUAAUAAUAGAAUAGGCAUAAUAACAUUUAAUUCUCCAAAAGACCUAAAUGCACUUUCAAAAGAAUUAGAAAGCCAAUUUUUAAAAGCUUUAAAAUAACUCGAUUAAGAUGAAAGUGUAAAAGUAAUAAUUUUAUUAUCUAAUGUGCCUAAAGCUUUUUGUGCAGGAAUCGAUAUUACUCGCUUUUCAAAUGUAACAAAUGAAAAUUUGAUUAAAAGUAAACUUUUUGAAAAUUAUGACAAUAAAUAUUUUAAAAUAACAAAACCAAUAAUUUCAGGAGUAAAUGGAUUCGCAUUAGGCGGAGGAUUUGAAAUAGCAUUAGGUUCUGAUAUUAUAUUCUGCUCAUAAGAAGCUAAAUUUGGAUUUCCAGAAAUAAAAUUAGGUUUAAUUCCUGGAAUUGGUGGUACUUAAAGAUUUACAAAAAUUGUAGGCAAAAUAAUAGCUAAUUAUUAUAUUUUAAGUGGAGAAUUCUUGGAUGCUUAGACAGCAAAGAAUUUAAAUAUAGUAGCUGGUAUUUUUUCUAAUGAUAAACUUAGGGAAGAAGUCAUUAAAUAUGCUGAAAAAAUUGCAAUGUAUUCUAGUUAUAGCAUAAUUGUGGGAAAAAAUGUUACUAAUUAGGCUGAAGAGUUGAGUAUUAGUGAGGGAAUCAAAUAUGAAAGAAGAAUGUUUUAUAGUUUGUUUAAUUUACCAGGGGCUAAAGAAGGUAUUGACGCUUUUAAUAAAAAAAGAAAAGCUAAUUUUGAUGGAAUUUGAUAAGUAUGUAC